AUGGAAUUUUCCACGCAGGCACGGCUGACAGAGCUCAUUUAUACUAAUUACAUUGUUCAGCAAAUUUGUGCAAGUCUAGACUCUAGUUGUCCCUCCGCUCCGCCACACCGGAAGCCGUCUAUUGCUGGAAUCAACAUACCCCUCGAAUCAUCUGCAACAAUAUGUUUUCUUCUCCUCGGUCAUUUGCGUCAUGUUGAACAGUUUUUGCCUUUCCUCUGUUCCGACCCCAGGCCAUCUUUCCCCUUACCCCUGCACACACUAACACGACCAGACGACCAUAAUCUCCGCAUAACAGCAAAUAUCCAUACCAGACUCUGUAAUGGCCCAUCUGACAUCGCGAUGCAGUUCCAUUCAUGGUUAGGGCCGACACGUGGUGGGUGGUGA